AUGGAUGAAUUUGACUUAUUUAACUAUAGAAUUUUACUUUUAAAUGAAUUCAAAGAAAAUGAAAUUGUAAAUAAUUUUUCAAAUAUAAAAGUAAAGUAUCAAAAUAAGUUAUUGAGUUUAUUUGAAAACAUAAAAAGUAAAUAUAUAAAUAUUAAUAAAAAUGAUAUAGAAUUUGUAGUUGAAAAUAAUACACAUAAAUUAAAUAGUAAUAAUAGUAUAAAUUAUGAUAUUAAAAAUAAUAAAUUGGAAGAAUUAAUUAAUAAAAAUGAUGUGGAUCAUUUAGUUAGCAAGACUGUUGGUGCAGAUGAUAUAAAUUGUUCGUACAACGAGAAUAAUGAAAAAAGUAAUAAAAGAAAAAGAAGUGAGCAUUUUCAUGAUGAGAAUGAGGAGAUAAAAAAAAAGAAAAAAGGAGAUUUGAUAAAUGAAACAGGAACCAAUGAAAAUAUGAAUUCCUUAGAUGAAUAUAUAAAAUUUGAUGAUGAUUUAAAAUUUUUAAAUCAAAAAGAUUUUUUAUUUGAAAUUCCACUAAAAGAACAUUGUGAUAUGAAAAGUAUGUUUACCAAUUUUUUUGAUGAAAUUAAAAAUAAAAAUUAUAUAAAUAUAUGCAGAAAAAUAUAUUUAGAAUCAAUUAAAAGAAAUCUAAAAAAAAUAGAAACAGAACCAUAUAUUUAUCAUUUUCUUUUAACAAAAGAUUAUUUUAAUAAAUUAAAAAGUGAUCUAUCUUUGUUUUAUUUUGAUUUCUUUUUGUGUAUUGUAAAAGGAAUUAUAUCAGUUGAUAGUGGAAUAAGUUUUAUUGUCGAUGAAUUAAUGAGUGUUCAUCAUGAUAUUUAUGAGAAAUUAAUAAGUAUUAUAGGAAGUGAACAAUUUUUUGAACAUAUUAAUGUAAAUGAGCAAGAAAAUAUAAAGAAUAAAGAAGAAUUACUAAAAAACAAUUUAAAUGCUCCCUUUAAAGAAAUGAUCUUAAACAGUUUACAUUAUUUAAUAGAAAUAAUAGAUUAUAUAAAAGAACACGAUAAGGAGUUAUAUAUUAAAUAUAAAGAUAUUAUAGUAAGGUGUAUCAUUUCUUUAGAAAAAAAUAAAGUUAUAACUUAUAAAGAAGCGGCUACAUAUAUUGAAUGUAAAAACUUUGAUAAACUAAAUUUAUUCAAUAAAGAACUAAAUAAAUUAGUUACAAAAAUGAAAACAAAGAAUAUAUAUAGCAUUUCAGUUUAUAAUUUAAUGAGAGAAAAUAUAACUGGAUAUUCAAAAAUUAUUUUUUUACUAGAAAAUUUUUUUUCUAAUAAUAAUAAAAAUGAGAUUAAUAAAAAUGGAAGUAACGAAAAAAAUAUAAUAUCAAAUUUGUAUUUAAAAUAUAAAAAUAAAAAAUUUAACUCUAAAAAAAUAAGAAAAAGAAAAAAAAAAUUAAUUAAGUUGAAAUAUGAGGAAGAAGAUAUUAACUUAAUCAAUAAGACGUCAUCAUCAUCUAAAAUAACAAAAAAAAAUGAAGUUAAAAAAAAUAGCGAACAAAUUUCUAUUAAUAAUAUUACGUCAGUUAACAAUAAUAUUGUUAAACAUUGUAAUAGGAAAAUAGAUAAUAGUGAAUCAAUAAGAAAUAUAGAUAUAAAUAAACAUGGUAACUAUAAAGAUAAGGAAAAUAAAGAUAAAGAGAAUUUUCUUAUUAAAAAUGAGAAGAAAUAUAAAUCAGAUAGUGAAGAAGAAUAUACUAAAUAUAUUAAAAGAAAUAAAAAAAAAUGGAAAAGGCAUUUGAACUGUUAUUAUUGUAAUGAUUUAUUAAAAUUAAAAAAAAAUAUAUUUACUAUAUCAGGAUUACACAAUUUAUGCCCACGUAGAAUUUUAUCAAUACUUUUAUUUUAUUAUGAACAAAAUGUAAAUAGUGAAAAGCAGCUACUUCCUUUAUUUUAUUUAUAUUCUAAAGAAACUAUAACAGAUAUAAUAGUUUUAGAAUUAAAAAUAAGAAAUAGCUAUAUGAGAGAAAUUGAAAAAGAAGAAUUACUUAAAUUAAAAUUGAUGAGUAAAAGUGAAGAUAUAGAUAAUAAUUAUUAUUCUAAAUUUCUUUUUAAUGCUAACAAUUUUUUUAGUGUUAAUUAUUUUAAGAUGUGUUCUAUAUUAAUAUUAAAUGAUUUAUUAAAUAUAAAUGUUUUUUAUGCACAUAUAUUACCAAAUGAUUUAUUAUUAAAAAAUGCUUUCGAAGAAUUAUAUAAAAAGUUUUACAAUGACUACGAAAAUUCUCAUUCGAAUAAAUUAUCUUCUUUUUUUUAUUAUUAUAUUCCAUUUAAUAUAAAUGAAAUAUAUAAUUUAUAUGAAAAAGUGAAUAAAUAUUCUAAAAAUAAAAAUAAUGAUAAAACUAGAACAAAUGAUUCGGAAAAUAAUUAUAGUAAUACUAGUAGUACAAAUACUUAUGUAAGUAAUCAUAAUAAUGAUAAUAAUAGUAAUAGCUACAAUAAUGAUAAUAAUAAUAUUAAUACUACUGCUACUGCUACUGCUACUACUACUACUAAUAAUAGUAAUAGUUAUAAUACUAGUACUAAUAAUAAUAGUAAUAGUUAUAAUAAUACUACUAAUAAUAAUAGUAAUAGUCAUAAUAAUAAUAUUAUUAAUAAUAAUAAUAGUAAUAACUAUAAUAAUAACUUUGAUAAUAAUAACAAUAUUAGUAAUAAUAAUAUAAGUAAUAAUAAUAAUAAUAAUAAUGAUAAUUGUUAUAAUAAUAAUAAUAAUAAUAAUAAUAAUAAUAAUAAUAAUAAUAAUAAUAACAAUAGUAAUAAUAGUACACAAAAUGACUCAAGUAAUACUAAAAGUAUAACGAAAAUUUUGGAAGAAAGCAAUCCUCUCUUUAUUUAUGAUUGUGUUGUGAAUUAUUUAUUAAACACAAAAAAUUAUGAAUUAAAAAAGAAAUAUGAACAAAAUGUUGAAUUAAAUAAUAAGGAUGCAAUAGAAAUUUAUUUAUUCGAUAUGUUAAAUAAUAAAUCUAAUAACAAAGAAAAUUUUAUCAAACAUUUUGUUGAAAGGGAAAUUAAAUUAAGGACAGAAAUAAAUAAUUCAAAAUAUUUAUCCUAUAUAAAUUCAUACAAUUAUUUAUUUUUAGAAGAAGAUAGUUAUUUCUUUAUUUUAAGUAGAAUAUUUUUUAUGAAAAAUCCCAAAUUUUUAUUUUUGUCUUCAUUAAUUGAUUUAAAUGCAUGGAAUAUCAUAAACAAAAUUUCAAAUCAUAUGGCUACUUAUAAGUGUAAUCCUUUUUUAAAUUAUUAUGUUAGCUCUUCUUUAUCAAAGCUGAUAAAUUAUAGUAUUUCUUCAUUUGAAAAGGUAUACUUAGAUAACAGCAAAGAUAAUAAUAAAUAUAACGAUAUAUAUUCUUCUUCCCGUAUUGAGGAGAAAAAUGCUUCGUGUAAAGAUGAAAAAAAUAAUAUAUCAAGAAAUGGAAGUAGUUAUGCAGGAUAUGAUGAAAAUUAUUUGAAAAAUAAAGAAGAAAAUAAAAAAGUAGUUCAAAUAAAAAAUGAACAGGAAGUAAGAGAUGCAGAAAAGUGUUAUUUUAAUGAUAAUAACAUAAAAAAUAAAAAAGUUAGAUCACUAUGUAAAGGGAAUUCCAGUAGUACCUGUUUAUUUUGUAAUAUUGAUUUAGAUGCUGAUAAAUUAUGUAGUUAUGAAUGCAUUAAAGUUAUAAAAAGAAACAAAAAAUUUCUUCAAAAUUUAUUUAAAAAUGAAAAAAAAAUUGAGAUUAAAAAAAGAAAAAUUAAACAACUUUUUAAAUUAUAUAGCAUUAGCUUAAUGAAAGAUGAAAAAAAUAAAAAGGAGCCGAGGAAUUAUGCCAACAUAAAAAGUUUUAUUAUUUUUAAAAAAUUAAAUUUUAUUGUUUCUAAUAAAGAUUCUCUAAAUUGUUCUUCAUUAUAUUCCAGUAGUCCAUUAUCUGAUAAUUCAUUAUCAUCAUCUAAUGCUUCAUCAUUGAUUAAAAACAAUGACAAUUUAUCAUCUAUUGAAAAUUCUUUUUUAAAUAAAACAAAGAAAAGAAAAGAUAGAAAAGAAAAGAAAAAUAAUAAUAAUAUAUUGAAUAAUUCUACAAAUAAUGAAAAUUUGAAGAAUAUCCAUUUAAAUUUUGAUACAUUUUUAAAUUAUUUUAUUUCAAACAAAGAAAAAAAUAGUUACAUAAAGAAAAUAAAAACAAUUGAUGAUUUUUUUGAAAAAAUGUUAAUUUUUUUAAAAUAUUUAGGCUAUUUCGGUUAUAUAUAUAAAGCCUUAAUAAGAAAAAUAUUAAACAUUUUGUUUGUUUAUGUAAAAAAGUUGAUAAUUAAUUCAAAUAAAUUUCAUAAAAAUUUUAAUAGCAUAUUUAUCAAAUUUUUUUUUUUUUGUCUAGUUAAUGAUGUUGAAGAAAGUAAAAAUAUAAACGAGGACAUAUGGAACAUAUUAAGUUUAAUACCUGUUUCAAAAAGAUAUAACAUAUAUCUCAAAUUUUUUAAUAAAUUAGAAAAAUAUAAAAAGGAUAUUUCAAAAUUAAAAAAUAUAAAUGAAUACAAUAAAAAAUUAGAAAAUGCAAUAGAUGAAAAUAAAUUGAAUUCGAUAAAUAAUAAGACAUCUAAUGGAAAUAUUAAUUCAUUAAAAAAUGAAAUAAAUAAUAGCUUUUCUGAUUCAAAUAUUUCUAAAUAUAUAACUAAAAAUUGUUAUUCAGUAGCAUUAUUGUCAAAUAUUAAUUUUGAAAUAACUAGAAAUAAGUUGAGAAAAAUAAUUAAAAGAAUAACCUCUGAUAUAUUAAAAGACAGAUACAAUACUAAUGUUCAAAAUAUGUUAAUGCAAUUUACUAAAUUAAUUAAUUUAAACCCUUUUGUUGCAGCUGAUAUUAUUUUGCAACAGUGUGAGCUAUUUGAUAAUAAUAUGAUUAUAACAUUAUCAGAAUCAAUAAAAAACAUACAUAGUUUUUCUAGUGAUAUAUUUCUAUUUAAAAUUAUUGAGAGACAGCAAUUAUUAAAUGUUCACAGUUAUCAAUUAAGCAAACAGUAUAGUAAUAACAAUUUAGAUCUGUUUGAAGAUUCUAUUUUUAAACCGAAAAAACUUAUAAAUCUUUCAUUAGUAAGUGCAAAGUUUUUAUCAAAACAUCCAUAUGCUGAUUUUUAUCCUCUUAUUAUUUCAAUUAUAAAAAGAAUAUUUUCUGAAUUUCAUACAAGUGACGAACUUUUUCUAAGGAAUAAUAAUUUUGUAAAUACAAGAUUAAAAAAAGUUAAAAUCGAAAACUUAGAAAAAUCUAAUUUAUAUCACAAAUUAAAUGAAAGCAAUGCGUCUAAUUUCGACAUCACUAAGAACAAUGGAAAUGCCAAAAAAGAAGAAUUAGGAAUAAGUAAAUAUGAAAAAAAAAAAAAUAUUAAAAAAAAGCAAGAAAAUGAUGAUAGUGAUGAAAUAAUAGAAAACCUCAAUAAAGAUGAACAAGAGAAUAAUAAAAAUGAGGUAGAAGAAAAUUCUAAAAAAGAAGAAUUGGAAGAUAAUACAAAAAAUAUUAGAGAAGAUACUGCAAAUAUAAUAGAUAAUAGUAACGAAUUUGUUAUAAAUAACUCAACAGAUAAUUUAUAUGGCGAUACGUAUAAUAACAUUGACAAUGACAUGUUAAAUAAUGGUGAAAAUAAAAAUAAAAUAAAUAAGGACGCAAGUGAAUUAAAAUUCCUAAUUUUAAAAGCAUUGAAUAAAAAAUAUCCUGAUGUUAUGAGUGGCUAUAUAUUUGAUUUAGAUUAUAUUCAAAAAUUGAUAGAAAUAUAUGGAGGGACUAGUGCAUGCGUAAAUGUGCAAGAACUAAAUGAAGAUCAGUUGAAUGCACAAUGUGGAUUUAAACUAUUAAAAGAAGAAAUUAUGAUUUUAGAGACCAAUUUAAAUUUAAAUAUAAGUAAUUUAGAUUAUGAGCAUUUAGAAGAAGCAGAAUUAGAGGAUGAUAAAUUAAAAAAACUAUGCAUUAAGAAUGCAACCGAGACUUUAAUAAAUCCAAAUAUAAUUUAUUUGAUUUUUUUUAUAUUAUCAAAAUUAAAAGUUGAAUAUUUAUUUGACAGUAAUACCAAUAAUUUAAGAAAUUUAUCUUCAUUGGUAGACAAAAUACAUGGCGUAUUAUUACAGUUUAUUGAUUUUCUUCAAAAUAAUUGCGAUCCCAUUUUAUACUUAUCUUUUAUUCCUAAUAUUUCGGAAAUUUUUGAGUUCUUUGAUAUUUCUCAGUCGUUUCAAAUAAUAAGAUUUGCGUUUCCUUUUUUUAAUGAUGAGGAAAAAAAAAAAGAAUCUGAUAAUAUAUUUGGAAAAACAAACAAGUUAAGUAUAAAUGAUGAAAAAAUGAAAAAUGUAGAUUACUAUAAAAAAAAAACGGAAGUAAAAAUGAAUAGUACUUGUGAUAAGGAUAAUAAAAUUUCAGUAUGCAAUACUGCGAAUGUUUUAAAGGAUACCAAAGCAGAAGAAAAAACAAAUUUAAAUAAAAUAGCACAAGGAACCUUAAAAGAUGAGAAAAAGAGUGGAGCUAUAAAAGAAGAAAAAAAAAGUGAAAUUUUAAAAGAAGAAAAAAAAGAUGAAAUUUUAAAAGAGAAAAAAAGUGAAAAUUGCUUUGAUGAUAAGGAAAAUAAUAACAUAGAUGAUAGUAAGAUGGACAAUCAACAUAAUGAAAUAAGUAAAAAUAAUAACAAUGAAACUAUGAAAAAGAAUGAAUACGAUUCUAGCUUUAACUAUUGUAAUGAAUACAAAUGGAAGAAAUUGUUAAUGCCUAUUAUUGAAAAAUAUUUAAAUAUAGAAAAUUUAAAUGGAAUAAAUAUUGAUUUUUACUUAACUUACUGGAGAUUAAGUAUAACAGAUAUAUAUGUCCCCCAUAAACAGUAUUUAAAAGUUUUAGAAAUAUAUGAUACACAUAUAAAAAAAUUAGAAAAUUUUUCUGAAGAAAAUAAAAAAAAUGAGGAAUAUAAAUGGGUUUAUAAAAAAAUAAAAAAGUUGCGUUUAAAAAGAUCAAAUAUAAAAAAUGAAUAUGAUUAUCAUAUAAUUCACACAAAAAAGAUUAAAAAAUUCUUAUCUCAUAUCGUAGAACAUUGGGUAAAUCCUCAAGAAAUAGGUUUAAACACUUUUGUUGCUUUUAUUAAAUGUCUUGUAGCGCCGAGAAUAUUAAAUAGUGAAAAAGACGCAUUAUUCUGUUCAAAAUUUAUUCAAAUGUUACUAGAACUCCAUACUCCUUUAUUUAAUUUAUGUGUUUUAAUAUAUGUUUUUACAAAAAUGUUAAUGCCACUUAUUAAUGCAUGUACAGAAAAAGAAGCAUUAAAUAUAGGAAUUUUUUUUAAUGAUUUUUUUUCUUAUAUAUACUUAUUAUGUGAUGAUAUUAAAUAUUUUACAAGUGUAUCAGAUAAAAAUCCUUGUUUUAGUAGCACACUAAAUUUUCAGUCAAAAGAUACAAUUAAACAUUCAUGCAUAGUAGAUAAAGCAUUUAAAUGGGAAAAAGUUAUUGUUUCAUUACUUUUUGAAAACAAUAAUUUUGAAAAAUCAUGGAUUAAUUCUAAAUCAGUUGUCAUUUUUUUAUUUCGUUUUCUUAACUGCUUUCCAUAUUCAACGAAAAUUAAAAAUUCAAUAAAAACAAAUUUACAGAAGUUACAGAAUUUUGCUCAAAACCAGGGAUGGAAAGAUAUUGUCAUAUCAAUAAACAGUUUAAUAACAAUGAUGGAAAGAAAUAAAAAAACCAUAGUAAAUGAAAGAAAGGAAGAAAUUGAAAUAAAAAAUCAAGAAAAUAAAUCAAAUUCUUCUAGAACAAACACAUCAUUCGUUAAUGUAGAUAAUAAUAUAACAAUGAAUCCUUUUAAUACAUCUAAUUCUAUUCAAAUGAAUUCCAAUACUUCUUAUAUGCCUGUUUCUAAAAAUAUAUAUAACUCAAGCAUAUUUCCCGUUGUCCAAAAUCAUGUUAAUAUGUCUUCGAAGCCAUACAUAAAAGAAAAUAGUUUCAAUAGCAAAAUUGUUUCUUCUCAAGACCCCAAUAAUGUGAUUUCAUUAUCGGCAAGAAAUUCAAAUUUAAUGAAUAGUAGUAAAGAUAACAGUAACAAAAGAAGAGAAGUUUUCAAUAAUAAUAUAAGAAAAAAUAUUGAUACGUAUCAGAAUUCACAAAAUGCCUUAUCUCAUAUGAAUGAUAAAAACAUUGUUAACAAAAAAUUAAGGGUGGAUAAUCGUAAUUUAAAAAAUGACAAUUUAAAUUACACAAUGCCUCAAAACUUUGUCAAUAUUCCUUCAUAUAUUCCACCUCCAAUUAAUGAAAUUCCUCAGAACAAAGUAUUUUCAAAUAUUCACAAUCAUAUAAAAAAUAAUAGGAAUUCAAAUAAUUAUUGUAGAAGAUAA